UGUCUUCAUCGGACGUGGACUAGUAAGAAAAAAACACGUCAGUAUUAUUUUCAACAUUUAUUAAUUAAAACAUUAAAGGAUUUAAUUCCGUGAUAAAUCAUUUUAAUUCAGUACUGAUUAUUAAUUACUAAAUCUUAUAGCGAUACGAACCGACACCUAGUUUGUGUGAAUAAUUGAUUUCCGAUUCUAUUGUGUUCUUCCCCAGGUAUAUCUAUAAAAUAAAGUUAUUAUCCUAUUAAAGACAAUGCUAAAAUUUAAAUUAGUUCUAAAGUUUUUAUUUUUCAACGUGAUACUAUUCGCAAAUGUGUACUGCUCAUCCCAACCUCAAGCAUUAAAUCCCAGUAUACUCACACAAUCUAAAUCUCUAGGUGAAUGUUACUCGUGUAAAUUAUUCGUUGAAUCUUUUAAAAAAGGCCUCGAAAGGACAAGUAGAGGCAAAUUCGAAGGUGGUGAUGCUGCUUGGGAGGAAGAGAAGCUGAAAAAGUCUUACAAGCGUAGUGAGAUUAGACUAGUUGAUAUCCAGGAAGGUAUAUGCCGGGAAAAUACAAAACAUUCAGUGCAUUGUCACAAUAUAGCUGAAAAGGCUGAGGAAUUCAUUGAAGAAUGGUGGGCACAGGACCCUGAUGAGUCUGAGGAUUUAUAUGCAUACAUUUGCAUUGAUAAAUUAAAACUAUGUUGCCCUAUUCAUCACUAUGGAAAAGAAUGCAUACCAUGCCCGGGAGAUCACAAUAACAUAUGUAAUGGCAAUGGUAAGUGUAGGGGUGACGGAACAAGAAAAGGCAACGGCACUUGUCUAUGUGAUCCUGCUUAUUAUGGCGACACUUGUGAUCAAUGUGCGACUGGCUACUAUCUGUCUUAUAAAGAUGAUAAUAAAAUGCUGUGCUCACAGUGCCAUAAAUCAUGCAUGGGUGGCUGUAGGGGUGGAACAGCUAGAGAUUGUGUUACUUGCAAACAUGGAUAUAUAUUUGAGGAUGGAGAGUGCAAAGACGUUAAUGAAUGCCAAACCGAGAACAUCUGUAAAGAAAAUGAGUUUUGUGCAAACUCACUUGGAUCUUAUGCAUGUUUUAAAUGUGACCGAGCAUGUGUCGGUUGCCAUGGUGAUGGUGCAGAUAUGUGCAUAAAAUGUGCCGAAGGCUAUGUUAAGGAAGAUGAGUUUUGUGUUAAUGAAAAGAAGAAAGAUAACCAAUUUGAAACUUUAACUAAAGCAAGGUUCUGUACAUAUAUAGGAAUGUUGAUCGCAACAGGCAUCUUACUUCCAAAGUCUGCACCAUUGGGAGGUUUUAUAGGAAUGGCGGUAAUCACCUACAUAGUUGGAGCAGAGUACUAUUGUAUGAUAAAUGGGCACACUGGACUAAUUAACCUGAAGGAAUAUGAUUUGACGAAGAUGUUCAAUAUUUUAUUGUAGUUAGGUGUUCAUCGGAGAAAAGUUUGUAUAUUAUUGAGCCUAGUCAAAAUAAACACAAAUAUGUGGCCUUUGGAGUAAUUUUAAAGGCCAUUUAAAAAAAGUAUCAAUCAGGUUGUAAUUAUAAUUGUAACAAAAUACUUAUUUUAUUGUAUGUAAUUGUUUAGAUCAGACGUUUUCAACGUUUUGGUAUUAACGGCAAACUUUUUGUUCAUCAAAGUUUCACAGCACACUAUGUAAAAAAUAGCCAAGUGCGAGUCAGACUGGUGCGUAGAGGGUUCUGUACAGAAUACUCAUAAUAUGUAUAAUAUAACAGACAACAGAGGCUUAUGCUUCUGUUGUCUGUCGGGUCUUUUUAACCUUUAAGUAUCCAAAAAGAAAUAUAUGGUUAAAAAUUAAAUUCAUUAUUUUAAUUUGAAUGUAAUGCGAAUGAUACUUUCUUUGUUUUUAUGAUUCCUGAUUUAAAUGCAUCAAUCAUGGCACACCUGAAAAUAUACUCCGGCACAACGGUUGAAAACAUCUGGGUUAGAUAGUGUUUCAUAUUAUUAAUAAAAUUUACAGUCACAUUUAUAUACAUAUUCAUAUAAUUAUUAUAAGUAACACAGUUAAUAAUUAGGAUUUUGAUAAAGAAUUUGUAAUUUUUUAAAUGAUCCCUUACAUCUGGGUUUUAAGAUACAAAUUUAAUUUAUACCAAAAUGUGUGGAUGUUGUAUCAUCGGGUUUCCUUAGAUUCUGCCCACAACAUUUUAAGUGCUAAGCUAAACAUCAAAAUGGCUUAACCUUAGCGCUUUUUGAAUCGUCAUUGUAAAUAUUACUUUCAAAUUACUGAAUCUACCAUGUGUUCGGAAAAAGUAGAGCUGGAGAGAAGAACGUACAAGGACACUCAACAGCUACUCUUUUAAAUUACAACGAGUAUUUUAUAACCGCUGUAAUGUAUUUAUGUCCAAUAUCAUGUUCAAAGUUAAAAAGCGUUUUAAAUAUAAAAUAUUUCAUCUGUGUAAAAUUACUAUAGUUGUGGUGGUGCCUAUGUUUUUAUGAGAUGUUUAGCUGAGCGGUUAAAGUGUUGGAAGCGUGAGCGCAAUCUUAUUCGGUCUGAAGGACGCCGUAGCUAGUAAAAUUACUGGGCAAAUGAGACUUGACAUCUUAUGUCUCAAGGUGACGAGCGCAGUUGUAGUGCCGAUCAGAAUUUUUGAGUUUUUCAAUAAUAUUGUGCGGUACUGCAUUGUAAUGGGCAGGGCGCAUCAAUACCAUUAUCAGCUGAACGUCCUGCUCGUCUCGUCUCUUAUUUCGUAUCUUCUCGGAUCUAGAAUCUUCCAUAAAUAUGGCUACAAAUUAGAUUUGUAUAGGAUUUUGGAUUUAAAAUAUUGUGAUUGUUGUUUGUGUGUGUUGAUAGGUAACCUAUUGUACUUUUUUACACAAUGUAUAGGAAUACUUCUGAAUGAAAAAAUCUAGACUUGUAGAUACAUCAAGUACACUCUUAGCAAUCGAUUUCACAGUAAUUGUGCACUAUAUUUGCAUAUAUGAGAUACAAUAGUGAUUUGCACUAAAGGUAUAAUUAAAAAAAAAUGGCAUUUUUUUUUUUGGUAUUGUAUAUUAAUAUUAUUGGCAGUUUUACUAUGCUCUUGAAUGUGGCCACACAAUUAUUAAAUCUUUUUCAGUUUUUUGGUCUUUAUUGCUCAAGUUUUCUGCCUUUUUAAGUCUAUUUUAAGUACUAAGUCCUCCAUUUUUGUGAUAUUAGUUUUGAGUGAUAUUUAUUGACGUGUUGAGUUUUGUUGAGAUUGUUCGUACAUGCUAUUAUGAAAUAAAUGAAUGAAUAGUA